AUGGGAUGUGUGUGUAUAAACUCAUGCUCUUUUCCACCUGUUCUGUUUGCAACAAAUCCUCCUGGACUGGAACUCCGGGAUGCUGUAUGCCCAGCCUGUCCCCCAGAGAUGCCCCACUCCAGCUUGCACCCCUCCAUCCCUCGGCCCAGGAGUCACAAGGCCAAGAAGGCAGCCUUUGCCCUGCUGAUUGCCUGUCUGGCAGCCUUUUGGGGCUUGGAGGAGCCGCCAACACACAUUCUUUGGUGGCUGGCGCUCCACCUGAUCUCCCAGCAGCUGCGACUGCUGUUCAAGCGAGCCUGCAGCCUGGCCGAGGAACUCUGCCACGUCCAUUCCAGGUAUCAGGGCAGCUACUCCAGGGCUGUGCAGGCCUGUCUGGGCUGCCCUAUCCGCUAUGGGGCCCUCCUGCUGGUGUCCUGCUAUUUUUACGCCUCCCUGCCAAACAAAGCUUGGAUGCUUUCCCUCCUGGGCCUCUCAGAGGCACUGAGCAUCCUCCUGGACCUCCAGGGGCUGGCCCCAGCUGAGGUCUCUACAGUCUGUGAACAAAGAAACUUCAACGUGGCCCAUGGGCUGGCAUGGUCAUUUUAUAUCGGGUACCUGCGGCUGGUCCUACCAGGGCUUCCGGCCCGGAUCCGUAGUUACAAUCAGCUCCACAACAAUACGCUCCGAGGCGCAGGAAGCCAUCGGCUAUACAUCCUCUUCCCACUGGACUGUGGGGUGCCUGACGACCUGAGUGUGCUUGACCCCAACAUUCGCUUCCUGCAUAAGCUGCCCCCGCAACUCUCUGACCGUGCCGGCAUCAAGGGCCGGGUUUACACCAACAGCGUCUAUGAGCUUCUGGAGAACGGGAGGCAGGUGGGCACCUGUGUUCUGGAGUAUGCCACCCCCUUGCAGACCCUGUUUGCCAUGUCACAGGACAGCCGAGCUGGCUUCAGUCGGGAAGAUCGGCUUGAGCAGGCCAAGCUCUUCUGCCGGACGCUUGAGGACAUCCUGGCAGAUGCCCCCGAGUGUCAGAACAACUGGCGCUUCAUUGUCUACGAGGAACCCGAAGAGGAGAGCAGCUUCUCCCUGUCACAGGAGAUUCUCAGGCACCUGCAGCAGGAGGAGAGGGAGGAGGUCACUGUGGGUAAUGUGGGGACCUUGGCGGCGGUGCCUGACUCUUCCACACUGACCCAAGAGCCUGAGCUCCUCAUCAGUGACAUGGAUCAGCCUCUCCCACUCCGCACGGAUAUCUUCUGA